AUCUCUUCCUCUCUCUCUCUCUUUCUUCUGCCAACGGGUUUUCAGGUUGCGUGGCAAGCCCUCCCCUCCCUUACAGUUUCAUAGCUUUUACAUCUCACAUUCGCAUUUCUUGCAAUAAUGUCGGCUACCGAGGCCCCCGCUGCUACCGCUGUUCCCGCCGAGGAGGUCAAGGCCACCGAGGCUCCGGCUCCUGCCGCUGAGGAGACCCCCAUCCCCGCCGAGGAGCCCAAAGCUGAGGAGGCAGCUCCUGCUCCUGCUGAGGCUCCCAAGGAAGAGGAAGCUACGCCUGAAGAGGCUGCUCCCGCCGCUGAAUCCGAGGCUGCUCCCGCAGAGCCGGUCAAGGAAGAGACGAAGGAGGAAGCCAAGGAGGAGGCUAAGGAGGAGGCUAAGGCUGAGACCCCCGCUGAGGGUGCUAAGAAGGAGGACAGGCCUAAGAGUCCCGGUAUUCUCGCCAAACUUUUGGCUCCCUUCAAAGACGGCAAGAACAGGGCCGAGAAGAAGGUGAAGGCUCCCAAGAGCCCCAAGAAGGAGAAGAAGAAGGAGGAAGUCGAGGCUCCUGCUGCCGCUCCCGCAGAAGAGGCCGCCAAGGAGGAACCCGCUGCUGAGGCUGCCGCUGAGCCCAAAGCUGAGGAGAUCGCCGCUCCGGCUGCUGAAGAGCCCGCUAAGGUGGAAGAAACCCCUGCUGAGCCCGUCAAGGAGACCGAGACCGCCGCUGAGGAGCCUAUUCCUGCGCCCGAGCAGUCUGCUGCUGAACCCGCCGCUGAGGCUACCACUCCGGCCGCGGAGGCUCCUAAAGAGGACAAGGCGGCUGAGGAGAAGAAGGAGAAGGAGAAGAAGGCCAAGGUUAGCCGUCGCCUUUCCGCUCGUGUCAGCGAUCUCUUCAAAUCAAGGCCCAAGCAUGAGGUCUCGACCCCCGCCAAGGUGGAUGAGCACCCCCCUAAGAUCGAUGAGCCGGCUCCUGUUGGCCCUCUUGAGGACCCUGCGUCUGAGGAGGCUCCCGCCGCUGCACCUAUCGCUGAGGAGGUUUCCCCCGCUGAGGAGGCGGAGACCCCGGCUGAGCCUGCACCCGCUGCUGCUCCCGUUGUUGCUGCCGCUGCAUAAGUUCGCAUCGAGGUUCCAUAUAGCUUUUUUUAAUUUUUAUGAACGACAUGAGCUAUUUUCCUUGGAUUGACCGGUAGAAGGUUGCCCUUUUUGUUUCGGGUAGCUUUCGGACCUCUUCUUUCUUACUCUACUCAUUGGAUCUGGUCUUCCCCUCUUGCUUUACUUUGACGAAUCCUCUUCCCAUGACUACCCUGAUCCUCGUCUCUACCUCUAAUGUUGAUCCAUACGAUCAUUGAUACCCUUGCAUUCCCCUUGGUCGGAUCACUGAGAGUCCUAUGUUUUUUGAGCAAUUGUCAUGUAUUGAUUGUCCGAUAGAAAUAUGUGCAUGACUUGCGCUGUUGGAACUUGGAAGUGGCUUGGAAGGGGACGCAAGUCUGAACGUGGGUAUAUUGACAGGAACGGUGGCAGUGAUUUCGCUUCGUGACAUGUAACUUGCAUGUAACUUAGGUAAAUACUAUCUUACAUUGGC